UAUAAUUUAUUAUCAAAAUUUCAAAAUGGCGAACGAAACCCCUCACGCACCGACUCAAACUUGGGAAUUAAGUCUCUAUGAGCUGCACAGAACUCCUCAAGAGGCAAUUACUGACAAUACUGAGAUUGCUGUUUCUCCUCGUAGCCUUCAUAGCGAACUGAUGUGUCCAAUAUGUCUCGACAUGUUAAAAAAUACAAUGACAACAAAAGAGUGUUUGCAUAGAUUUUGCCAAGACUGUAUCAUAACCGCACUGAGAAGCGGAAACAAAGAGUGUCCGACAUGUAGGAAAAAGCUGGUCUCCAAAAGAUCUCUUAGGCCGGAUCCUAACUUUGAUGCCCUAAUCUCUAAAAUUUACCCAAGCCGGGAUGAAUAUGAAGCCCAUCAGGAGAGGGUUUUGGCCAAGUUGAAUAAACAUCAUAGUACUGCAGCCCUCACACACAGUAUUGAAGAGGGUUUGAGACAGCAAGCAUUAAAUAGAGCACAGAGGGUGAGAAAACAAGCUUCUGACACUGAUGUAUUACUGAGAAAUGACACUGGUUCAUGUACAUCAAAUGAUAACACUCCAAGGAAGAAAAUCAAACAGUUUUCAGAUGAUUCUAGUACAGAGAAUUCCCUGCUAGAUGGAUUGCCAGAGUCAAGCCAGCCCGAGGUCCCACAACUAAAUGAGAUUGAGCUUGUAUUUAAACCGUACCCAAAAGAAGGUGCAGACAGAAGUGACGAGUCAAGAUAUAUCAAAACAACAGCAAAUGCUACAGUGGACCAUCUCUCCAAGUAUCUGGCUAUCAGAUUAUCACUGGAGGUUCAAAGUGAUGCAGAUCCCUCAUCAGCAGAUGAAAGCAAGUAUGCCAUCUUUAUAUACACUGGUGCUAACAAUUACACUCCACUCCCUGGCUCUAUGACACUUGAACAAGUUAAUGAUAAAUUCUGGAAUGUUAAUAAACCUCUAGAAAUGUUUUAUGCCAGACAGAAAAAGUCUGUAGAGUCUCCUGUGAAGAAAGGCAUUGAGAAAUGAAGGAAAACAUUGUGCAUCCAAACCUUGGUGUAGAACAUGGUGGACUUGCACUUACAGAUACUGGUACUCUGUAUAUAUAGCAAGUUUUAACUUGCAUGUUGUAUUGACAGACAGAUGAAUACAUUGUUUAAAAGCUUUGUAAAUACAGGACCUGCAGAUGGUGAAAUGUUACACAUCGUAGUUAUAUCAUGUCAGGACCGUGUAAUACAGCAGCAAUAUUUUAUUGUUUUAUAUGUUCAUUUUUAACAGAAGAAAGUUUUAUUUAUCAGUUAGUGUCUUCAUUUUGGAAUUGUUCUGUAAUUAGAAAGUUAACAACUAAGUUCCCCUAAUGAGAAAACAUUACCAAAGUUUUGUAAGUCAUUAAUGAAACAUGUAAUGGUUUUAGUUUGUCUUCUGUAUGCAAACAUAUAUUGGUAAAAGACAUGUUUUGUUCCUGUAUGUAUGUUGGAAAAAUAUUCAUUCAAAGAGUAAAUAGUGUCUUGUAUAAAUGGUAAAUUCCGACAGAAAAUAAAAGUUAUUUUUAUGACAUAAAUGGGGAUCUGAUUAUAGUGUAACUAUGUAAUAUCUGUUGUAAACAUGUGAACAUUGCAUUAAACAAAUAUUAAUGAAGCAAAAUGAUUGUGUAUUUAGGAACACUUUGUUUUAUAUUACUGUAAAAAUUAAAGGAGUUAUUGUCAAAAAUGUUUAAAAACACCUGUAAAUUCACAAAUACAUCACAUUAUUUUGAUUUACCUAUAUAGGUAAUUUUCUGUACAGAUUUGUUUAUAAGUUAUCUUUGAAUGUUAUUGUGUACAUGUGUAUGAACAGACUGUAACAUAAACUGUGUAAUUUCUGUUCUGGUAUAAUAUAAUAAAAUCAUCGAAAAUGAA